AUGCUAUCCCGUCUCCUUCCGCGCCGCCAUCACCGCCGCCUCCUCCAAACCCUGCUCCGGGCCGCCCCCGCCGCCCCCGAUGUUGACCUCCACCAGAGGCUGUGCUCUUCGUCUGCAGCCUCGAGCCCGAGCCUGUCGAUAUGGCGGCGGAAGAAGGAGAUGGGCAAGGAGGGCCUCAUGGCGGUGGCGCAGCUCAAGCGGCUCGCGGCGCUGCCCCCGGCGGGGGGCCACCCGCGCCUGGAGCAGUUCAUGCGCUCGCACGUGUCGCGGCUCCUCCGCACCGACCUCCUCGCCGUCCUCGCCGAGCUCCUCCGCCAGGACCAUGUCAUCCUCUCAAUGAAGAUAUAUGGUGUUGUGCGGAAAGAAAUCUGGUACCACCCUGACAUGUACUUCUAUCGAGACAUGCUAUACAUGCUAGCGAGGAACAAGAAAAUUAAUGAGACAAGGCAGGUCUGGGCGGAUCUCAAGUCUGAAGAUGUGCUAUUUGAUCAGCACACUUAUGGCGACAUUGUGAGAGCCUUCUGUGAUGCUGGUUUGAUUGAUCUUGCAAUGGAAAUCUACGAGGACAUGAGGAGCUCUCCCGACCCUCCUCUAUCGUUGCCGUUCCGUGUUAUCCUGAAAGGGUUGGUUCCAUACCCUGAACUGAGGGAGAAGAUAAAGCAGGAUUUUCUUGAGCUUUUCCCAGAUAUGAUUGUAUAUGAUCCACCAGAUACCUUAUCUGAUAUAGAUGAAGAAUUCAAGUUUUGA